AUGGUGGUGAAGCUCUCAAAAGCGGAGAAGAAGGUCCGCUACGACAAGAAGUUGUGCUCGCUUCUGGACGAGUACGGGAAGGUCCUAAUCGCCGCCGCCGACAAUGUUGGGUCCAACCAGCUCCAAAGCAUCCGCAGGGGCCUCCGCGGUGACUCCGUCAUCCUCAUGGGCAAGAACACCCUCAUCCGCCGCUGCAUCCGCUUCCACACCGAGAAGACCGGCAACAAGGACUUCCUCAACCUCCUCCCCCUUCUCGUCGGGAAUGUGGGAUUGAUAUUCACAAAGGGCGAUCUUAAGGAAGUUAGCGAGGAGGUUGCCAAGUACAAGGCUGCAUCUUGUUUUUUCUUCGCCGAGGCAUCUAAUGAUUUCUGGAGUCUGCAUUAUUAUUAUGGAAAUCUUAUAUCUAAUGGAUUUUCCCUUUUGGGUUUUGUGAUUUGUUCUUCAAUUUUGGGAUUCGUGUCAUGA